ACUGACUCCAGUUCAUUGCCAAACGAUAAACGCGCCGCGUCGCCGGUUUACGCAAAAACGUUUAGAAAGUUUCAAAACAACCUAUUAUUAUAUUUAUUUCGUAUAAAAAAUGUAUAAACAUUUAUAUGUGUGUGCUAUAAUAUUGUUGUUUGGGAUUUCUGUGGACUCACAGUCUUAUGGAGGACCAACGCAUGGUAAAGCUGUAGUGUGCUAUGUAGCGACAUGGGCAGCUUACAGGAAAGGCGAUGGUUCCUUCAACGUGAACCAACUGAACCCGCAACUCUGUACCCAUCUGGUGUACUCCUUUGCGGGCCUGAACCCAGACACUAAUGGAAUUAAAAUAAUGGAUCCUUGGUUAGAUAUAGAAAAGGAAUCAGGCGCUUACAACCAAAUGGUGGGCCUGAAGAACAGGUAUCCCCACUUGAAGGUGACCAUAGCGAUUGGAGGAUGGAACGAGGGAUCAGAAAAGUACUCCGCAAUGGCCUCCAAGAAGGAAAGCAGAGAGGCAUUUAUUGGCAGCGUGAUGGCGUUUUUGGAGAAAUAUAAAUUCGAUGGUUUGGACCUUGACUGGGAAUACCCAUCUAAGAGAGGAGGAAAACCUGAGGACAAAGAUAACUACGUCACCCUUGUGAAGGAACUGAAAGAAGCUUUCCAAGAUAAAGGUUACAUUCUAACAGCGGCUUUGGGAGCUGGAAGGGACACUAUGGAGGUUGCUUACGACCUUCCCAAACUGAGUCGGUAUUUGGAUCUGAUACACAUGAUGUGCUACGAUUACCAUGGCAAAUGGGACGGAAUGAUUGGUGCCAAUGCUCCUCUUAGAGGUGGAAGUGAUGAAGAUGUUUUAAGUCUGGAAUUCACAAUAAAGUAUAUGCUCUCCCACGGUGUCAGUCCUUACAAGUUGGUACUAGGUCUGCCCAUGUACGGACGGACAUUCGUCCUAACCGACCCUGAGACCAAGCAGGUUGAGUUUGGAAGAACUAAAGCCAAAAAUGUCAGCUUCAAGGGACGGUUUACAGGCGAAGAUGGAUUCAUGGGGUACAAUGAGAUAUGCCUAGAGUUGGACAAUAAGACAUCACCCUGGGACAGAUUAUGGGAUGAGUCUUCAUCCACACCGUACCUACGUAAUGGUGACAAGAUCAUAUCGUAUGACAACGGACGCUCCAUAGCUAUUAAAGUGAAAAUGGCCAUGGAUUACAAACUGGGCGGACUCAUGGUGUGGAGCAUAGACACGGAUGAUUUCCGCGGGCACUGCACCAGAGACACCGACAUCUUUAUGGACUUCGUCGAAAGACACAAGAAAAUCGUCAACGAUCCGGUCCUUGAUGAGGCGUUGAAGACUCUAAAACUGCGUGAUGCCCGUGACAACACCGACACCUCCUAUGUCAUAUCUGAUGGUAAACUUCAACUCCGAUUACCUGAGCCCAUGCACGCAAACUACCCCAUAAUGGAAACCAUCAAUCAAGCGGCCAAUCUAGCAUUAGAAGAACAGCGUAUAACAGAAGAGAUCGAGAGGAUAACGAAGGAGAAUGAAAUAGUACAUGGCGAUACACCUCCGCCUGGUGCGGCGUCCUCAAUUCAAGCUUCUUUGUUAUAUAUCCCUCUAUGUAUUGUAUAUAUAUUUGUAUAGUAAUAAAUUGGACCAAAUGUAGUAUAUAGUUACGGUUUUAUAGACGCGUAGCGUGGAGAGUGGAGGGGCAUAGUUCUGAGUGUACUACAUUUUGUACAGAUAUACUAUUUAAAAUAUAAAUAAAUAAAACAUGGUAAAAUCCCUUGAUUUUCCUAAUUAGACUAUGUUGUAAAGUCACUUAGUGCUUCACGCUACAGCCAGUUGACUAUUUUUUAUCUUAAUAUAUAGUUUUAACUAUCAUUCGAUAGCAAUUUGAAUUGGGAGGAAAUCACAGAAAUUUAAAUAAUGUUUAUUCAAAUAAAGUUAAUAUAAGCAAAUUUUAAUCAUUGCAAACAAAAAUGAAGUCUUUACUCAAGUCUUUAAUCUUUAUGAAAUUAAAUUCGGAAAGAUACAUGCUUUAUAAGUAAUAGUGAUAAUGAUCUUUAUUAAAUUAAACUUAAUAUAAAUAUAUUUUAAUUUAUCCAAUGAGAAAAGCCUACUCACAUAAUUUUUAUACCUAUUCCCAUAAAAGACCUAUUGACUUUUUUAAACGAUACUUGGGGACAGAAAGUUUGUCUUUAAAUCUAGUAUUAAUAUUAUGAAUAUUGCUUUUUUUUGGAAAUAGGUUUUUGUGAACAUAUAGAAUAUCUAAAUAUAGCACGCACAGCCCAAACCACUAGACGGAUCGGCUGAAACUUGGCAUGCAGGUAGAUGUUAUGACGUAGGCAUCCGCUAAGAAAGGAUUUUGAUUAAUUCCACCCCCAAGUGGAUAAAA